AAUCUUCAAAGAAUAAAAUCAUUUUGGUAAACGUUAUUUAUUAUACAACACAAACAAAUUAUCGCUUAUAAAAAAGAUUCACAUAUUUCAGAUAUUACUACUAGUUGGAAAGUAUAUCGAUAUAACAAAAAUCACUGAAAAUGAAAUUCCAGUUCGAAUUCAUUCUAUCAGCAGUGUUGUUCUUUCUGUCGACACACGCAUUCACGAUAGAGAAGCGGCCAGAGUCGUCGCUUGUUUUGCCGGACAUUUCGCCGCUUGGCCGUGAGAAACGAGCAUUUGGAAAUGUUGUCCAAUUUUCAAUGGACAAUGAACUGAGUUCGAGCGUGGAUUGGAAAACGGUGGAUAUGGAUAAAGAUUACGUGUGUUACAAUUCACGUGCUAGCUUCCCAGGCGGAGAUAUAAACAAAUGUCCGACGGCGGUUGCCAGCGGUCAAGCGGUUCCAACAAACUACCGGUCCACCUGCCCAUGGUACUACACGGCCGAGCACGAUCCCACCCGGUUCCCGACGACAAUAAUGCAGGCGCGAUCCCCAUGUAUCUAUUGCAUUGGCUCCCCCAUCAAUGAGUGUGUACCCGUCUCUCAGAAUACAACGGUCUUACAGAAAUCCGCAUCCCCUUCACCUGACGGUAGCUACAUUUUUUACGAACGACAGGUUACCGUGACUGUGGGAUUUACGUGCGCCGGGCCGAGAUUGGCUGAAAAUGCAGCAACCACCAAAGCGACCACCAAAGCGCCUGCAGAGGACAUUCCAUGGGCAAAAUAAGAUGGACCGGAAAUAUAAAACCCGUUCGAAUAAAACUCGUGCAUGAUAAUCUAGUCAAUCAUUACAACAAAUCAUUUGAAAUUAAGUGACCCAUAUUGAGAUUCCAUUUUACCUGUGGAGACAUAUCAUCAAGAGACGUUAAGAUUGAAAACAUGGUGUGUAAAGAUAAUGCGACAAAUGGGACCAGCAUAGGACAUUUUAGUCGCUUGAAAGGUUUAAAUUAUAAGCAAACUAGAAUUCCGUUUACUUAAUUCAUGUGUUGUUUAAUUGCGUGCGGUUGUUGAGCUGGAUGUGAUAGUAUAUACAACGCAGUCAGUAUUAUGCAUUUUAACAUUAAUUGUUUACACAUUCCAAUGUUGUUUAAUUGUGCUCACAGUCAUGCUCAUUCUCCUUCAAUGGUAUUUAUGAAGAUAUGGUCUACAAAUUACAUAUAUUUAUUUAAGGGGCUCACUUGUAAAAAUUACAUUAUUAUUUAUUAUUUUUGUCAUUAUAUCGGUUAAAGUGAACAUUUUUAUGCCCAUGAUUGUGCAUUUAAGUUACUGUGAUAUGUGCAACGUACUGUUUAGCAACAUAUGUGAUUUUCCAUGGUUUUAUGUCUACAUUGUUGUUUUCACCCGAUGCUUAUGUUUAUGAAAAGCCGGGGUUUUUUCGUUGUGCAAUACUAAUACAUGAUACUAAAAUGUUUUGUGAUUUACAUAUUUUAUCUGAGUUUGUUAAGUUUUACUCGGGAAAUAAAGUUAAAUGAAU